UUCCGCCCCGUUAGUGGCAAGCCCAACAACAUGGUGUCAACCAAUCAGCCCAAACCUAUCGAAAUAUGCUGCUCCUGCGAACAACAUAGAUCGAAAGGGACUUUCCAUUUUUGGGGGCAGGUUUAGGACACAAAUAAAGGAAUAGUAGUACAGUGACACUGAGAGAGAGCGGGGGACAGAGAAGCAAGCAAGAAGAAAUGGGAUUAUGGGCAUGCUUAGGAGUGAUAUCCCCAUUUCCAUUCUACUACUAUCUCUGGACACAUCCUCAAAAAUGGGUCGAUCUGUGCGGAAGUGGACGUGACCCUUGCAAAGUUAUGGCUAUGGCCUCUCACUUUAUAAAGUUGAUACAAUUCAUCUCCCUCUUAUCCGUUUCCACACUUUCAUGGCCGCCUCCGCUUUAUUUUUGGCCCCUUUUCAUCUUUGGCCAGUUUCUUAAUUUCAGGGUGUACCAACUGUUGGGAGAAGCUGGUACUUACUAUGGUGUACGCUUUGGGAAGAAUAUCCCGUGGGUAACAGAGUUUCCUUUGGGAGUAAUAAGAGAUCCUCAGUAUGUUGGCAGCAUUUUGAGUUUGCUAGCUUGCCUCUCUUGGGUUCCUUUCUUGUAUAUCUUCUUAUGGGUACUGGGAUAUGCAUUUAUGAUACAAGUAGAAUCCAAGGAAGAACCAGCCACUCGUGCAAAGCCGCUUUCUUGAGUCUAUAGAAGAUACAUCUGCCAGCUUGAAGGAACUGGUGCCCCUUGCUUCUGCAUUCCUGAGGAGGAAUCCUUUUGAUACAGUUCUUGUAUCUAUGGUUUCUUGAGUUCUCGAUUCCUUUUUUAAAAUCAGACACAGCAAUAUUUUGGACGAUUCUGCAAGUUGUUUUUUUUUAAUUAGCCAGCAUAACAUUAGAUCCCUAUGUCUUAUAGGAUUUGAAUAAAAAAAUCUAGGCAAUAUACAGCUAUUUUUUUUUUCUGUGAAUGGAUCUUGAGAA